AUGAUUAAACGACUCCUAAUCCCCACUAGACUGAGACUGGAAUACUUGAGACGAAACGCAAUUGAUGCAAAGGCGGCGGCAGCUUCUCCUCCCCAUGUCCCAGUGCUCCUCAACACAGCUAUUGAUUACUUGGAUCCUGUUCCCGGAGGCAUCUAUUUCGACAUGACUUUUGGAGCUGGUGGUCAUACGCGACGUAUUCUAGAGAAAUGUCCCGAGGCCAAGGUCUACGCGUUGGAUAGAGAUCCCGUGGCCCACCAACUGGCCCGCCAGAUGAGCGAAUCAGAGGAGUACAAGGGCAGGCUGAUUCCCCUUCUGGGAAAAUUCUCCGAUAUACCAAAGCUUUUUGAGGAACAUGGCCUGGCCAAGAACUCAGUGGACGGGAUGCUCUUUGAUUUCGGUUGCAGUUCCAUGCAGUUCGAUGAGGCCGUCAGGGGCUUCUCCAUCUCCAAGGACGGACCGCUGGACAUGCGAAUGGAUGGUGGUCAAAGCGGAGGAGUUACAGCUGCCGAGGUGUUGGCUCAUAUAGAAGAAGGUGACCUGGUGAAGAUUCUACGAAUGUAUGGGGAAGAGAAGGCGGCCAAGAAGAUAGCUAGAGGACUAAUAGACGCACGCAAUGCUCUUUUUAAAAUUGAGACCACCAGGGAGCUAGCGGAUAUAGUGGAAAAUAUCAUGGAUGGUGGAAUCAGGAAGGAUAAGCUUCGCAGGCCAGCCCACUCAGCCACCAAGACCUUUCAAGCUAUUCGAAUAUUCGUUAAUAACGAGCUAAAUGAGAUCAACUACGGUAUGGUUUUGGCCAACGAAAUCCUCCGUGUUGAUGGUCGCUUGGUAACCAUCACUUUUCACUCGCUGGAGGACACCAUCGUGAAGCGCCACAUCAAUGGAAACGUCGUGGCCGGAGCUGCAAAUGCCUUGCCUCUCAAGUACUCCAGCUACUAUACCAUAGAUGAGCCGGAUAUGUUGGAAUCAUUUAUUAAGAAGAAUUGGAAGCAACUCCAUCGCCAUGUUAUCGUCCCAGAUGCCGAGGAAGUGGCCAGAAAUACACGCAGUCGAUCCGCCAAGCUGAGAGCAGCCAUCAAAACAAACUAAAAGCAUGUCAAUAAAUUCCCUCGGUCUAGUUCAAAAUGCUCAA